AACUCUCUGUCUCGUUAAGUCAUUCCUAUCAUCUCUGGUUUCAAAAUCAUGAGUUUGGUAUAAGUUUUCGAGGGUAAUUCACUUGAAGUUUAUUUAAAUUCUAUUUUAGAGUAAUUAUAUUUAUUUUAGAUUAAAACUUAACAACUCACGUCACUAAAUGGCUCUGAAAAGAAUAAAAAAGGAAUUAGAAGAUUUGAAACGUGACCCUCCGGCACAAUGUUCCGCAGGACCUGUGGGGGAUGACUUAUUUCAUUGGCAAGCAACUAUCAUGGGCCCGCCGGACAGUCCAUAUCAAGGAGGAGUAUUUUUCUUGACGAUUCACUUUCCCACAGACUAUCCUUUUAAACCACCGAAAGUAGCUUUCACGACUCGAAUAUACCAUCCUAAUAUAAAUAGUAAUGGCAGCAUUUGUUUGGACAUCUUACGCUCUCAGUGGUCACCGGCCUUAACAAUAUCUAAAGUUCUGCUGUCUAUUUGUUCCUUAUUAUGCGAUCCAAAUCCAGAUGAUCCAUUAGUUCCAGAAAUUGCAAGAAUCUACAAAACUGAUCGAGAAAAGUACAAUGAAUUAGCCAGAGAAUGGAGCAGAAAAUAUGCUAUGUGAUAAACACAUGCAUUUCCUAAAUUUAUGUUUUCUACAUUUGGUGUAUUUUUAGACACUUUAUCUUUUAGUAAAAUUGUUCACUUUCCAUGUCUAUUCUCUAUUAUAUUUUUUGAAGAGCUAAUGUGAGAAGUAUAGAGCUGAAAAUUAGACUGGUAGAGUGACUGUAAUAUGUAUUAUAAUUUAUGUAUUAAAAUGUAUACAAGAUUGUAUAUUAAUAAUCCUUUGAGGAAAUUAGCCACGCAUUUUACGAAAUACAAAUAUGAAAAGUUAUUCAAAUUUUAAUAUUGUUUAAUUAUGAUUAUUGUUGUAUGAAUUUCUUUGUGAAAAGUUUAUCAGAACAUAUGUUAUUUAUUCUUACUUGAAAGUAACUCAGCUUGCCAUAUAACAUUUCUUUAGAUAAAUAUAUAUUUCUUGUGCCAAGAAAUAUCUGAAAUUAUCAAAUUGAGAAAUGGUUAGUGUAUUAUUCAACAGAAAACAUUUGCCAGUGCCAAAAGCUAGAAUGCAAAUCAUUUAUCAUAUCAAGAAGAAGAAAAAAAAAAAAAAAAAAAAA